AUGCCCGCCGCCCAGCACGCGACCGCCUCCAGUGCCCGGCGGAGGAUCGAGCACCAGCGCCAGCAGCCCAGCAUCCAUGCCCUGCCCAACGUGCCCCUUGCCGAGCACCCCGCCAGCGAGCCCAACAGCCCCAUCACCGACCACACCUCAAACGAAUCCCACUCCAGCACCCCCGCAAAGGAGCCCGGCUAUGCCCACUACCAGCGCGAGCCCGAAGUCUAUCACGACAUCAUGAGCGGGGCCAGGAACCCCAAGCUGGACCAUCCCUCGGCCGAAUCCCUCUCCCCCACGUACACCAACGGGAGAUACCGCCAGGGCGCGUAUGCCCCCGACGGCCUCGAGUCCGGCCGGGCCUCGACCAUCGGCACCGACGCCGGCUUCAACCCGGCGAUCCCCUACAGCUCCUCGCGCACGGCGCUCAACAACGAGUGGCGCCACUCCGAGCUGGGCAGCCAGGACGGGGGCCCGUUUGCGGACGAGAAGUACGGCCCGGGCGGCAGCUAUCCGGCCAACGAGCACGGCCUCGCCGACAAGCCCACCUACAUCCCCAUCCCGCCCUCGAGCCCCGCCGAGGACGAGAAGAAGGCCGCCGCCCCCCCCGCCGACGGCGCCAUCCGCGCCCCGCCCGUCGUCGUCAGCCGCCAGAACCGGCUCGAGUGGAUCGACGGCAUCCGCGGGCUCGCCUCGCUCGUCAUCUUCACCCACCACUUCAGCGACCUCACCUGGGCCCAGUCCCACCCGGACACGCUCUCCCAGGGGAGCGUCUACGGCCUCCUGCGCAACGGCCAGCUCGCCGUCGGCAUGUACUUCCUCCUCGGCGGGCGCGUCCUCGCCCACUCCUUCCUCCGCUCCGCCUUCACCCGCCCCGCGAUCCCCAAGGACUCCCACGGGACCGCCAUCCCCGGCGCCCAGGCCGCCAAGUGGCUCGGCCCGCGCUGGCUCGCCCUCUCCUCCUCCCUCUUCCGCCGCUCCAUCCGGCUCGCCUUCCCCGCCAUCGUCGUCGGCUUCCUCCAGUGGCAGAUCGCCGCCCGGAACCUGCUGGCCGACCGCCCCGUCGAGGCCGCCCGGAUCCUCGCGCCCUCCUCGCUCUGGAACCCCACCUGGGACCACAUCGGCUCCUUCCCCGGCUUCCUCCAGUUCUGUCUCGACCUCUUCACCAACCGAGGGCACCAGUACAUGCUCAACGUCGGCUCGGCACUCUGGUCGACCUACGACCAGUUCUGGGGCUCCGUCCUCGUCUACAUCCUCGCUGCCUCCGUCGCCCAGGUCGGCUGGAUCGGCCGCUAUCUGAUCUACCUCGUCGUCUGCGCCUCGCUCUGGUUCGUCAACAGCCCCAACAUGCUCUACGUCCUCGGCCUCUGGCUCGCCGACCUCCAUGCCGCCGGCUUCAUCCGCAAGCUCCAAGACCACUGGAAGCCCACCAUGGCCCUCGAAGUGCUCGUCAUGGCCCUCGGCUUGGCCAUGAUUGCCGGCGGCACCAAGGUCGCCACCCCGGCCGACAACAUCGUCGGCAACAUCACCGUCUACGAGGGCAAGUUCGGAUGGGACCAGAGCUUGAGCUGGCCUCAGUACAUGUUCAUGUCCAACUGGAUCCCCCCGCUCUGCAUCCUCAUCUGGGUCGAGGUGUCGCAUGCCAUGCAAUGGCUCGCCAGCUGGGGGAUCUUCACCUGGCUCGGCAAAGUCUCCUACGGCUUCUACCUCAUGCAGUUCAUCACCCUCUACAGCAUCAUGCCCCCUGUGAUCAUCUACUUGAACGCGCAAGGCAAGAGCUACUGGGACAUGGUCAUGCCCGCCUACAUCAUCUGUCUCCUCUUCAACAUCUUCAUCGCCUGGAUCGGCUACCACCUGCUCGACCGGGUCGGGCUCAACCUGGCCAAGUGGAUCUGGGACGGCUUCUUUGUCACCGCGCCCUCCAACGCCCUCGCGCUCCCCCUGAAAGCCGCACGCGCCUUCGGCAGCAUGCUCAUCAGUGCCCCGGGAGGCGCGGCGAGAUACGUGUCCGGCAAAGCCGCCGCCAAGUUCCGCGCCACCCGCCAAGGCCUCCACACGCUCUGCAACUGGCGCACCCCGUGCACCAGGCCGGCCAUCGCCGACCCCUCCGACCCCGAGGUCAUCAACCAGCUCCACUCCACCCGCUGGUCCUCCGACUUGAGCGCCGAUCUCGAGGCCGUCCGCACCGCCCGUCUCCUGCGCUUCCAGCAGUACACCUGGAUGAUCCAUAUCGUCGUCAUCCCCGCCGUCAGCAUCCUCUGGGUCAUCUACCACCCCACCGGAACGUGGACAUACGACGCGUUCACCUUUUCGACGCUGUGGCGGUUCAUGUGGGUGCUCUCGGUGCCCAACUGUCUGUUCGCCUUCGCGGGCUUCAUCACCCCCGACCUGGCCCCCAGCCCGGCGACCGUCGACAAGAAGCCCGUCUGUCGCGAGUACAUCCGCAACUUCUUCAUCCUGCUCGUCACCAAAGGCUCGAACGAGAAUGCGGUCCGGCGAGGAUACAACAAGCUGUUGCUGCUCGAAAAAUACCACCCCGCCGUCAAAGUCAUCGUCUUGACCGACGAGCCCUACGUCUACCCCGACCUCCAAAACAUCGUCUGUCCCAAGUCCUACGUCUCCCCCCUCGGCAAGGCUAAGUACAAGGCCAGGGCGCUCGACUACUUCCGCUACCACGUCUCUCUCGGGGUGUACGACUGGAUCUUGCACAUGGACGAGGAGUCUACGACCGAUGGAGAGAGCUUGCGGAGAUGCAUCGAGUUCAUCCGAUACACCCCGCACCACUUCGGCCAAGGCAUCAUCUUGUACAACGGCGAAGGCUACUGGGACAACUGGUACUUCACCGUCGCCGACGGGAUCCGGGUGGGCGACGAUCUGGCGCGCUUCCACUUCCAAAACACGGUCAUCCACCGGCCCGUGUUCGGCGUGCACGGCUCGUUCCUGAUGACGAAUGGGGAAAUGGAGAACGAGUGUACGUGGGACUUCGGCUCCUUGGCGGAGGACUUCGAGUUCUCCCAGGACGCUUGGAGGCGCGGCUUUACCUGCGGCCGGGUCCACGGCAUCGUCCGUGAACAGUCGCCGACCACUCUCCGGGAUUUCCUCAAGCAACGUCGUCGAUGGUUUAUGGGUAUUCGGGACAUCGAUGGGCUGUACGGGCUCCCGCAUCUGGCGGUGAACCUAUGGAUAGUGGGGGUCUUCACGCUCGCGGUGACGAUCAUCAACAUCCCGUUCCUCUUGGUCGACCAGUCCUUGACGCCGCUGUGGGUAGCCGUGUGUGCAGACUUCUGCUUCGUGACCUUCUACUGGCUCUACCUCUGGGGCCUGCUCUUCCAGGAGCUCGACUACGGCCAGAAGUGGUGGCGCAUCGCCCUCCAUCUGCCCUGCGCCGUCGUCAUCCAGCCCUUCGCCUCGAUCGCCGAGGGGCUCUCGGCCAUCUGGGCCAUGAGCUCCGUCGACUUCGGCAAGUUCGAGGUCAUCGUCAAGUCCGUCUCCCCCUCCUCUUCUUCCCUCUGCCCUGUCUUGCCCCCCUCCUGA